CCUGUCACAUGUCCGCUACAGUAGGAUCAUAUGACUUCAGUCGAAGAAAAUGAAAGCUGGGUGCAGCCAGCUGAAACCUGUAGUUCUUGUUUUGAUCUUUAAUGUAUGUUUUUACGCAAGUUACCAAGUAACUGAGCUGCAGGUAUGUGAGCUGUGCGGCGGGACAAUCCUUAAUGACACCACAGUGGGCAAGUUCUGCUCCUCAUCCGCUGGUCGGGUCGACGGGCGCUGCUGCUGGACAAAUGACAACACAAGUGAUCCUGAACACAUCAUCGGGUUGGAUCUGUCCAAUUGUUCACUAACGCACGUGGAGGAUCUCCAGGCAGCAUCAAGGGCAUUAAUGAUAGACCUCUCCCUCAAUCCCAUUGUCAACGUUAGUGACUCAGCAUUUCAAGGAUUUACUGAGUUAAAUUACAUGAUUUUGCCACAAGACAUAUUUUGCCCGGGAGGCAACACUUCUUGGGAAAAGGUGGAGGUCAAAGAGGGAAAUCGCCUUUGUGAGGGCCAGAAAGACACGUGCAAUCAGACUGGACAGCUGUCCAUUAACUGCCCCGAGAACUCCCUCUGCGCCCCCUAUGGCCCCGGCUUCUUUGAGUGCAGCUGCGCUGACAACUAUCAUGGAUACAAGUGUCUUCGGGAGGGGGAGUUCCCGGCCCUCCAGGUGUUUGGGCCUCUCGGAGCAUCUACAGUUGUGAUCGCCAUCCUGCUGUGGGUCACUCAGAGACGUAAGGCCAAGUCACACUGAGGCGGAACCGCAGGCGACUUCUUUAUCUGCAAUGAUCUACUGAGCUGAAACUGACUAUUUCUGAAAGGGAAAAUGCUGACACAAAGUCUGAGGUGACUCUAGGCUUUUUUUAAAGUUAUGUUUUGGAUUUUAUUUUUUUUAAUUUGACAUCUUUGUGGGGCAGCUACAUUUUAUCUAGAGGCAUUUUUAAGAUUGCCUCUAAUUUUCUUUACUGCAUCAUCUGUGCAAUUUUAGAGUGAACAUAAAUUUGAACACAUGUUGCUCCCAGUUUUAAAUUCUUGGCAAUAAUACCACUGGUAACACUUUAAUUAUAUUUUUUAAAUGUAGUCAACUGACACAAGAUAAUAAUGAAGAGGUUGAGGUCGAGAUUUGCUUGCUAUAGACGGUGCCAAACAUGCACUGAAUGUGUAGGAGUUUACACACUGGAACUACGUGUCUUUAAGCAUAUUUGAUAAAAUAUUUGGUAAAUUCUUUACUGCAUGUUGAACAUGUACUUUACUCAGAGCGAAACCAAGUCAGGUUCACUAUAUGAAUGAUGUAAAGUCAAGUAUAACUGACUUUGUGCUUUAAUUAAGUUCUUUAUUAAAAGUAAAUGAGAUUGAGUAUAACUGCUACAGUAUGCCAUCACCUUAUUACCACAUCUGAUAUGUUGUGUUCCUACUGUUGAGUUACACUUUGUUCAUCAGUCACAUGUGGAAAAAUGUCUUGAUGUUAAUGGGCAAGUAGGUUUUAUGCUUCCCAAUGAGAUAAUAAAAAUAUUAAAAACAAUA